AUGCAGAAAAGAAAUCCAGUUUUCGGGAAACGUCUUCUCAUUGAACAGAAUUUACCUGUAUCUUCAGCUUCAAAUGAGAUCAAAAAUGAAAAACUAUGGGAAUCGAAUGCACAUGAAAAGUUGGUUCGAAUGACAGGAAAUAAGAGUGUUAGUAUGGUUCAAGAAAAACUUGUGGGCCUAAAAGUUCAACUAAAUAAUAACCCGAAAAUAUAUAUGAAUAACUGUAUUCCGGCUGAGAUAAACAAUAGUUUUGAAUAUUUUCUUUUCUACGUAAGUAGUGUUUUAGAAACUUUUAGUAAACAGUCUAUAAUUGUUGAUCAAAGAAACCAUGUGAAUUUACAGGACAAAUAA